AUGGUUUCUGAAGAAGAGUUUAUAAAAUCAGUGAUUGUAUUAUUAUAUGAAUGUAAAUUUUCAAAAAAAGAAUGGAAUGAAGAUAGUGUAGGAAAGAUAUAUCAAUGGUUAGAUUUAUUUCAAAAUAAAUUUUUAAUACCUUUUAAAGAAUAUAUAAAAAGAGAUAGCAGCUUCGAUAAUAACAAUGAAAACAACAACAAUAAUAAUAAUAACAUUUUUCAAGAUAAUAUAUAUUUAAAUCAUGUUAAAAAGUUUUGGGAUGAUUCAAUUCAAGAAUAUUCAAUUCAAAACAAAGUACCUAAACUAGACAUAGAUUUCAGAGAUAUAAUAAAUGAUAGUAACAAUUUAAAAGAAUAUGUUUUUAAUUUAUGGAUUAAUAAUUUAAAUAUUACAGAAAAUAAAUUUAGCUUUUUUUUAAAUUAUCAUUUUAAUAAUUUAAAAUUAACCAAUAAUAAUAAUAGUGUAAAUAAUAGUGUAAAUAGUGUAGAUAAUAAUAUAAAUAGUUUAAAAGAUGUUUAUUAUAAUAUAAAAUCAUUAAACCAAUUAAACAAUAACUUAAAAUCAAUCGCAGGUAGUAAAAAUAGUAACAUCGAUACAACACCAAAAUCAUUAAUCUACAACAUAGAAUCAAUGUUAUAUAAAAAUGAUAAUAUUAAAAAAAAAGCAUCCUCUCAAUUAAUUUUAAAACAUUUUAUAAAGAUACAACAAGAGCAAUCUGUUGGCCAACAAGAACUAAAUAAAGAGAUCAAGGAUAUGUUGGAAAAACUGCUUUCGGAUGAAGCAACAUUUAAUAUAUAUCUAUGGAUAAUUUUAGAUAUAUUAGAAAAAGAAAUUAAAAGACAGCAUUUAAACCAACCAAACCAACCUAUAUCCACACUACAGCCACAACCAUCAGGAAACGAUCAAAUCUAUUUUUUAAUUUAUAGCAAUUCAAUAGAUUUAGUUAGUAAAAGUAAACAUGCUAAAAAGAUUAAAUUUUUUUUAAAAAGUGAUAAAGAUUUAUUAUUAGAAAUAUCAAAAAUAGACGAAAAUUUUCAUAAAAUGUACUAUGAAAGUAUAUUUCUUUUAUUGGAUUACUAUUUAUUUAAUUCCAAGUCGACUACGAGUAUAGAUCCUAAUUAUUUAGCGUCCAUAUCAGCAUCACUUAAACUAUUAAAUCAAAUUGACAAUAAAAUUCAAAUACAAGUAAAUCAAAGACUAUUGGGUACAAAGUUUUUAAAAGUUAGCGAAGCUUCAAAAGAAAUACUUUUAGAGUUUUUAAUUAAUUUUAAAAAUUCAAAUUCUAAAACAAUAUAA